AUGGAUAGGAAGGGCAAGGGCUGUCAAAAGAUUGAGAUGGUGAAGAUGAGUAACGAAACCAACCUCCAAGUAACUUUCUCAAAACGAAGAGCUGGUCUUUUUAAGAAAGCUAGUGAAUUGUCCACUCUUUGUGACGUUGAUAUUGCGAUGAUUGUUUUUUCCCCUAGUAAGAAGGCUUUUUCUUUUGGUCAUCCUUAUGUUGAAAAAGUGAUUGAAGAUUUCAUUUGUGAUAAUCCUCCACGAGAUACUUCAGGAGCCAUGACACACAUUGAGACUCACCGUAACUCAAGGAUACAUGAGCUCAAUAUGAUCCUCACACAGGUUAUCAAUCAAUUGGAAAUCGAGAAAAAUCGCAAUGCAUAG